GUCUGCUCUAAGAAACAUCCAUUGAAUCCCACUCAGUAAAGCUCUACACACAGGAACAGACUCAUGCAUUUCAUUGUGUGCAUUAUGCUCCUGGCUGGUACUGUGUGUUACACCAGCAGUGACACUCCACCAGAGAAUAUUGUGGAGCUUGAACUACAGCUAAAAACUAGUGGGAGACCCCCUUUAAACCCAAGAUUCCUCUCCGUGACCAUUGAUGCAAGCCUUGCUUCUGAGCCAAAAUACAUUGCUUUCCUUGGGUCUCAAAGGCUAAUCACUUUAACAAGAGGCUUAUCUCCUGCCUUCUUGAGAUUUGGAGGAACUAAAUCUGAUUUCCUUUUCUUCGAUCCAGCAAAAAAUUCUUCAGAGAAGGAAAAUAUUUUCUGGAAGAAAUCAACAAACCAAGAGCUAAUUAAGGGAGGAGCCAUCCCCCUUUCUGUGCAACAUAAACUUCAAGCUCUGUGGCCGACCCAAGAGCAAAUCAUACUUAAGGAAGAAUUUCUUAGAAAAUACAAAAAUUCUACGAUAACAAAAGAGACCAUUGAUCUGUUGUACAGAUUCGCAAACUGCUCAGGCUUACAUCUCAUCUUUGGACUGAAUGCAUUACUGAGAAAUGUACAAGAUCAGUGGAAUAGCUCCAAUGCUAAACUGCUUAUUGAUUACUGUGCCUCAAGGAAGUACAACCUAUCAUGGGAACUAGGAAAUGAGCCCAACAGUUUCAAGAAGAAGUCUGGAUUGUAUAUUGAUGGCGCUCAGCUUGGCAAGGAUUUCAUGAGUUUGCAUCAGCUGCUCAGCACGUACCUCAGCUACAAAAAUUCUGGACUCUAUGGUCCUGAUAUUGGACAACCUAAAAAACAGUCUCAAAGGAUGCUGACAAGCUUUUUAAAAGCAGGUGGUAAAGUCAUAAACUCAGUAACUUGGCACCACUAUUAUGUUGAUGGGCGCACAGCUUCUAAGAAAGAUUUUCUCAAUCCCCAUGUACUGGACUCUUUGGCUUCUGAAAUAAAGACAGUAUUCCAGAUUGUUAAUCAAACUGUUCCUGGAAAGUUAGUAUGGUUGGGGGAAACCAGCUCUGCAUAUGGUGGUGGAUGCCCUGGACUGUCAAAUACAUACAUUGAUGGAUUUAUGUGGUUGGACAAGUUGGGAAUGUCGGCUAAAUUAGGAAUUGAUGUUGUGAUGAGGCAGGCACUUUUUGGUGCAGGAUCAUAUAAUCUGGUGGAUUCUGAUUAUGAACCUUUGCCUGAUUACUGGUUAUCUCUGCUGUUUAAGAAACUGGUUGGACCUGUUGUCUUGAAUGCUAGUUUAAAAAAUUCCAAGGGUAUAUGUAAACUGAAGAUUCGUGUUUUCCUGCUGUGGGCUCACAAAACACAUCCCAAAUACAGAAGAGGAGAUGUUUCUGUAUUUGCCAUGAACCUGUGCAACCACACACAACAAAUACAGCUACCAAGCUUUCUGUCUGGAAAGGCCAUAGAUGAGUAUCUGCUUCUACCUGGAGAUGGAGGACUGUUCUCCCAAACGGUCUUGCUGAACGGGGAAGUGUUGAGAAUGGUGGAUGACAAAACGUUGCCUACCUUAGAUGGGAAAGAAAAAGCUCCAGGCUCUCCCCUUCUUCUCCCUUCCUCAAGUUUUGGGUUUUAUGUUGUGAAGGAUGCCCAGGCCAGUGCUUGCUUGUGAUUUCUAAAGGAA